CUGAUGAUCGAUGUGGAGGAUAAGAACGAGUGGAGAGAGUGCAUCGAUAUCGGAGGAGUGAGACUUCCCACCGGAUAUUUCUUCGGAGCGUCAGCAGCUACAGGAGAUCUGUCAGAUAACCAUGACAUCAUCUCUAUGAAGAUGUACCAGCUGAUGGUGGAACACACGCCUGAAGAAGAGAAUGAGGACUGGACCAAAAUAGAGCCGAGCGUCAGCCUCCUGAAGUCCCCCAAAGAUAACAUUGACGAUCCCACUGGAAAUUUCCGUGGUACGCCCCUCACUGGGUGGAAAGUGUUUCUCCUUCUUCUCUGCGCUCUGCUGGGAAUCGUAGUCUGCGCCGUGGUGGGAGCGGUGGUUUUCCAGAAGAGACAGGAGAGGAACAAGAGGUUUUACUGAGGAGAGAAACAACGUCCUGUUCGAUGUGGAAUGAACUGUUUCCAGACGACAGAUUGAGCACAGUCAAUGUGAAUUAUUUUCUAAAGAUUGUACAAAUGUUUAUAUCCUCGAAGCUCUGUGGUGACGUUCUGUUGUUGCUAAGAAGGUGUUGAGGCCGUGAUCAAUGCUGUUUCAGUUUCUUACGCCACAAAUCUGGUCCUGUUCGUCUUCCAGGCGGUUUUAACGGAUUAUUUAUUGGCUGAAGAAAAAGGCUCCACAUGCAGGAGACACAGUAUAGAGUAAACACGUGAAUGAUCCACUUUCCCCCGUGGUUCCUCUAUCGAUGGAGUUUGAGUUUCUGCUUGUUCACCCUGCUAGCAUGCUUCUGUUUAAUCACCACACAGACCACUAAGGCGGCAUCCACAGUUUAAUGGGUCAAUUAGCAUCUUAGUUAAUCAUUUAGUCCAGAAAAUAUCAAAUCAUUGAAUGAAAACCUGUUCAAAUUCGCUCAGAAUGCAAUUUUUCUUUCUUACUGACAACGACAAUAUCAUUUUGUAUCUAAAAUGUAAGAAACUGGAAUUAGAUUAUUAUAAUGUUUGCUUUAUUAACCAUUUAAUCAUAUUAUAUGUUUUUGAUGCAGUUGCUGAUCAAUCUAUCGGCUUAAAAACACACUCAAUCGUUACAAUUUCAUAGACUCUCGUAUGAAAUGAGAAACCCCAGCAGAUACAAAGCAAAUAUACAUCAUGUGAAAUGUAAUUUGCUGAUGUUUAGUCAUUAACUUAAAUCAUAAAUCCACCUGAGGGGCUUACAGCUCUGAUAAACACUUAAAACUGCACUUCAUGUUUAGUUGUACAAAUAAAUAUCAGACUCACUUCAAACGGUGACAAUUAGCCUCAUGCUAUUAUAUUUAAGGUUUGCAUUAUACUCCAGUUAUCAGCAUAGUGAACUCAGAAAUGUCGAGUACCCCAAAUGUUGAUGUUAGAAAUGUGUGAUAGGGUCUCCAGCACAUAGAAACUGCCGGGUGCUAACCUGCAUAUGUUGGGCAAUUAGCACAAUUGGCAUACGUUGCAUUGAUUUUGACAGUUUUGGAGUGUUUUUUGAGGUAUAUUGAGGAUGUUGAAUCAAUUUCUGACAUUUCUAGGAUCAGAAAUGGCAGUUUUGAGUCGCCUAACUCUUUAAAAUUGAGCCAGCCCCCCUGGAGUACAAAUAUAACCACUUUCUGGUUAAAACUGAAAUUUGCUGAUCCUGGAAAUGUCAGAAAUUGAUUCAACAUCCUCAACUAGCGUAUUGGCAUAAGUUGCAUUACUUGGCAUUGAUUUGGACAGUUUUGGAGUUGUUCUUGAGGUACAUUGAGGAUGCUGAAUACAUUUCUGACUAUUUUAGGGUCAUAAAUGGCACUUUUUAGUCGCCUAACACUUUAAAAUCGACCCAAAAUGCAUCAAAAUCAGCCCCUGGAGUUCAAAUAUGACCACUUUCUGGUUAAAACUGACAUUCUUGAUCCUGGAAAUGUCAGAAAUGGACUCGACAUCUUCGUUAACCUCCAUAAACACUCCAAAACUGUUUUAACUGUAUGCAAAAUAACCCAAUCUAUGCUAAUCGCCCAACAUCUCUGAGCUGGAGACCUGCGCUAUGCAUUUCUAAUAUAUACAACGUUGGUGUACUCUGAUCUGCAAACAGACCAAUAAUCUGCUGUUUUGAGAAAUCCUUCCUAAUCAGUGAAAUCUGACUCCUACAUAUUUGAUCUUCUUAUUCGUUCCCCUCGCGCCGUUUUUUAAGCACGAUUUUCUCCAGAAUAUGCCUUUUGUUAUUUUUCUACGCGUUUUUUCCAGCUGUUUUAAAAAUGCCUGAAUAAAAUCUAGUGUAAUUAAUAUUAGAAAUCAAUGACAGGAGUUGCUGAAUCCUGAAGUCCAUGAAUGCAUCGCUGUUUGUUUACUUGUUGAUUUCUUCCGGCUUCUUAUUCUUCGUGUUGCUUUUUGUAGAAUAUUUUACAGAAACUGGUAGAAUUGAAGGGUUUGUGGACACGGGCUGAAAUACACAUUUUCUUUUUUUAACCUUGAGUUAUCUCUUCUCCUGUGUUCUUGAAUCUGUUCCGUGUUUCUGUCACAUCAGACGUUUCUAUCAUUGUGACGGGACUUGAAAUCGCUUCUCUCAGCAGAAAUAAUUCAUUAAAUGAAAAAAGAAACAGUU